CUUCUCCGGCUUCGCCGCGGGGGUCGCAGCGGCUGCCGCGCCGUCCUCGAGUUUCCAGCGUGAGGAGGAGGCUGAGGGCGCAGAGGCGCAUCGUGUUCGAGGGAGAGACCGAGAGGGAUCCCCGCGCGCAGCCCCGCUCAUUGCUAUGGACAGUGCUAUCACCCUGUGGCAAUUCCUCCUUCAGCUCCUGCAGGAGCCUCAGAACAAGCACAUGAUCUGCUGGACCUCUAAUAAUGGGGAGUUCAAGCUUUUGCAGGCAGAAGAGGUAGCUCGUCUCUGGGGAAUUCGCAAGAACAAGCCUAAUAUGAAUUAUGACAAACUCAGCCGAGCCCUCAGAUACUAUUAUGUGAAGAAUAUCAUCAAAAAAGUGAAUGGUCAGAAGUUUGUGUACAAGUUUGUCUCUUAUCCAGAGAUUUUGAACAUGGAUCCAAUGACAGUGGGCAGGAUUGAGGGAGACUGCGAAACUUUAAACUCCAGUGAAGUCAGCAGCAGCUCCAAAGAUGUGGAGACUGGAGGGAAAGAGAAACCACCUCAGCCUGGUGCCAAGAGCUCUAGCCGCAAUGACUACAUACACUCUGGUUUAUAUUCUUCAUUUACUCUCAACUCGUUGAACUCUUCCAAUGUGAAGCUUUUCAAACCAAUAAAGAUUGAGAAUCCAGCUGAGAAACUGGCAGAGAAAAAAUCUCCUCAGGAACCAACACCAUCUGUCAUCAAAUUUGUAACAACACCUUGCAAAAAACCACCAGUUGAACCUCUUACUGCUACUAUUUCAACUGGUCCAAGUAUUUCCCCAUCUUCAGAAGAAACCAUCCAAGCAUUGGAGACACUGGUUUCCCCCAAACCACCUUCCCUGGAAGCCCCAGCCUCUGCAUCCAACACAACUGCCAAUUUUUCCACCACACCCCCUGUUUCAUCCAUACCCACUUCCUUGCAGGAGCCUCCUGGGACCCCUUCACCACCACUGAGUUCUAACCCAGACAUUGACACAGACAUAGAUUCCGUGGCUUCUCAGCCAAUGGAACUCCCAGACAACUUACCACUGGAGCCUAAAGACCAGGAUUCAGCUUUGCCAGAAAAGGACAAAACAAGUAAUUCAUCAAGAUCCAAGAAACCCAAGGGGUUAGAACUGGCACCCACCCUUGUAAUCACAGGCAGCGAUCCAAGCCCCCUGGGAAUACUGAGCCCAUCCCUCCCCACAGCUUCUCUUACGCCAGCAUAUUUUUCACAGACACCCAUCAUACUGACUCCCAGUCCCUUGCUCUCCAGCAUCCAUUUUUGGAGUACUCUUAGCCCUGUUGCUCCCCUUAGUCCAGCCAGACUGCAAGGUGCUAAUACCCUCUUCCAGUUUCCUUCUGUAUUGAACAGUCAUGGACCGUUCACUCUGUCUGGCCUGGAUGGACCUUCCACCCCUGGCCCAUUUUCCCCGGAUCUACAGAAGACUUAACCUAUGCACUUGGGAAUGAGAAAACUGAAGAACAAAGGAACAGAGAGACAUUCAACAUAAUGGCAUUUGAAGUGAGCAAUUGAAAGUUCUACAAUGCUGAUAAUAGACCAUUGUGAUUUUUGCCAUUCCCUAUUGAAAUGCCUUUUUAGGAUUCCCUUUGAAUAGGACUCAAGUUGGACUGUGUAUAAAAAUGCCUUAAUUGGAGUGCAGGCUCCACCUCCCUCUCUUUAUCUUUUCUUUUCUUCUCCCCCUUUUUAAUAUUUUGAGCUUUGUGCUAAAGAAAUUUUUGGUGGGGUUUAGCAGCUAUGCUUUGCAAGAAUGAUUAAGAACAAAGUUACUCUUUUUAGCUAUUAGGAACUUUUGGCCAGGAAAAAAAUUAUGCUGAGAAUCUAUUAAAAGAAAUA